AUGGACCUACGAUUUAUCCUCAACGAGCCUGCCGAAGAGCCUGCCGAACAGCCUGCCGAACAGCCUGCCGAACAGCCUGCCGAACAGCCUGCCGAACAGCCUGCCGAACAGCCUGCCGAACAGCCUGCCGAACAGCCUGCCGAACAGCCUACCGAAUAG